GGAGUACAUUAUACGAAUACAGCGUAGAGGUAUAUACUUACACACGCGGCGCAUAAUACGCGCUCGCGAGUAUGUAGAGAGAGAGAGAGAGAGAACACGAGCGCGGGUGGGGGAAGACGUAGCAGCGAGUCGCGUUUUAUUGCGUACGUACGGCGCGCAGUAGUGGUGUGAAUGCGCGAGUAGACGCAGCAGCGCAGUAAAACAGAGAGAGCUCUGGAGUCUUGUGUACAGUAUAGUACAUAGUUGUACGUAUAUAGAGAAUCGUCGUUCCGCGCAGUGCCAAACAAACAAACAGACAGAGAGAGAGAGAGUGGAAAAAGUCGAGCGGGAGAGAGAAGAGGCGCGGAGUAUAGAUUGCAAAGUGCGCACUGCAGAGAGAGAGAGAGAGAGAGCCGAUAUAGGUGCGGGGAACCAUGUCGUCGGGUGGCGAGCACUUCUCCUUGGUCUGGAACACCUUCCCGCGCAACCUGUCCUCGGGCCUGUACAGCCUGCUGACUGGCGAGCAACUGGUCGACGUGACCCUCGCCGCCGAGGGACAGAUUCUACGGGCCCACAAGCUCAUCCUCUCCGUCUGCAGCACCUACUUUCGCGAUCUCUUCAAGGGGAACACGUGUAAACAUCCCAUCGUCAUCCUCAAGGAUGUCAACUAUCGAGACCUGUCGGCGAUGUUGCACUUUAUGUAUCAAGGCGAAGUCAACAUCAAGCAGGAAGAUAUAGCGAGCUUCUUGAAAGUUGCGGAAAUUCUCAAAAUCAAAGGCCUCACCAGGACGACCGACGACGACGACGAUCCUGACAACAAGGAUCUGGUCGGCGCACUACCUCUGAUUCAGCACGAGCGUACGAACAACAAUGUCCCGACGAGUCAACUCGCGCACACGAGCGAGUCGUAUUGCGAACCAUCCAAAAACUGGAGCAGCGGCUCGUCGUGUCAGUGCAUCGCAAAGCCGCCCAAAGAAGACGUAUCGAUCAAAACUUUCCGCGACCCGAGUGACGCCUUGAUGACCGAAACCCCACAGGCGCACAAGCAGGAGAUCGUUAAUCCGGUGCCCGCAGAAGACGACGAUAAUGAAGAGCCGCUCGACUGCUCGGCAGGUCCCGACGACGGUCAGAAGCAACAGCCUCCUCCGCCAAAGGAAUUUCCGGAGUACAAAUUGGACGUGAAUCUGAUCAAUCCGGAAAUCCGACACCUGACACCCGAAGUCGAGUGCAUUCAGAGGCCCGCCGGAUUUCCACACAGCGAGCAGGAGAAUAUGGAUACCAUGCUGAAUGCGCAAAUGUUACCGUUCACCGUACCUCACUGCCAAAGCGACUCGGUCGGUUUUCACGACACAGGAACGACGUGUGCGGCUGACUUUUCCCACGAUCCUUCGACGAGCUGCGCCGCCAACACGACGAACAAGGGUCGUCGCACCGUCAAAGGAUUACCGGGCAGCAGUCUUUCCUUGGAGACGACGCUGCGGGUGAUAUCCGAACUGGGUCCGACGAUUCGCAUGGAAAGAGGCAAGGUGAUACGCAUGUACUCGUGUCCUUGGUGUCUGCGGCACUUCACGCGCAAAGAGAACUUGAAGUUACACGUGCGCUACAUCCACGGUCCGCUCGAGAGUCUGACGUGCAAACUCUGCGGCAACAAGUACAAGAACAGCAACAGCCUGCGCGUCCACUCAUAUCUCUAUCACAACGCUCAGAGAAACAAGCCGUCGCCAUCGUCUUCCAGCAGUAACAAAUCCCCUUCCAUCGUAGGUGGGAACGCCUGAUCACGGCUGCUUUAUCGACUGGGUUGAAAGCAGGUUGUUUAUUGUUCUUCUCUUUUGUCUCUUUUGUUUAUUCAUCCUCGUCGUCGACGCCGCCGCCGUCGUCUUCUUCUUCGCCUUCUUCCAUUUCCACGAGUCUACUACGUAUACUCGUGUAACGAAAGGUCGUUCUCGAGUCGCAAGAGAGUUACGUUAACUAGAUUUAUUUUACGCGCGUUGUUAAAAGUCUUCCGAGCUACGAGAGCCUUUUAGUAAUAAAAGCAGCCUCGACGACCCAGAGCGCGCUCGUCUCACAACAAUGCACAAAGAUGCGUGCUUAUCUGACAAUACUUUUUGAAAGUAGCGUAUGCUCGACGGAUAUGAGAAAGUCUGUGAGUGGGUUCGUGUGGUGCGCACGUGAAUUCACGUUCAUGUGUGGAACAGAGAGGAAUGGACGGAGUGAGAGUGAGUGGAGAGAACGGAAGUUGCUGAUGGUCAAGACAAAGCGAUGCGGAGGAGGCGUAACGUCGAAUUACCGAGCCACCUGUUCUACCCUCGUAACAACUUUAUCCUCGCGUAAUUUGAAUGCGCUUCGGGCUCUCAUUCUACUUGAUGGGAAUCUAAGUGAUUCGCUGGCCUCCGGACAGGUCUCUAUUUAUUGCUUUCUUUUAUAAUGAAAAAACUUUGUAAAUGCUUUAGAUAAGUAGUAAACGCUACACGUGUUUAUUCAUUGACACGAUAAGUCAGUCAAACGUUUCUUUUGAAAUUGACCUACGAACGUUGUUUUCUUGUUCUACUCUAAAUUUAGACUAAGGUAUUUACAAUUGAUAAAUACGCUGUUAAAUCUUUUUAAAUAAAUACCCAUCGAUGGGUUACUUUGAAAAUUUGAACAAUUUGUUCGCUUUCACAGUCGAAAAUUCUUAAAUAUAUUUACAAAGACACGAAAAGUUAAUGCCGAUACAAAGCACUCGCGAUCAACUUAACGUUGUAAAGUACAAAUAAUCGAUAGAUGACCUCGUUUUUUCUAUGCAUAAACGAGCUAAUCUCUGCGCAAGGAUCGUUAACAUAAGGUUCGAGAAUCCUUGCUUAAAAUUACAAUAAAUAAAUUUAUACACGGACGAAAGACGAGUCUUCACGUCGAAACACAUAACAUUUCAAUCGCUGCUUGUUUAUCACAAUCUCCAUCAAACUAUCUCACGAACACAAACAUGCAACACUUAACAUACUCGAGGACGUAGAAGAAAAAGUCACAACUUCUACGUUAGAAAUAAAAAAGCUAAUUAUCGAGGAAAAAGUUCGCUCGGUCGCGCACUAGUGCAAAAUUAGAUUUCGCAUUAACUGCGUCAUAUGUAGUCCGAGGGACAGGUAGUCGAUUCGUUGAUGGCCGUAAGCCUGUAAUGAGGCGCUGGCUCGUAAACCGGCGGCGCGUCGCCCUCCGGGUGCACUAUCGCUAAGCCGGGUCCGAUCAUCAGCUGCUGAUUGGCCGAGUUCGAGCUGAGAUCGCUGUAGUAGGCGCUGCUGGGCGCGCUGCUGAGAGUCGAGGGCCCGUCGGGCUCCGCGUCGCUACCCGUGUAACCCGUAUUCUGAUACGAGGGCUGCGCAGGAGCAGGAGCCGGCGGCUGCGGUUGCUGCUGCUUGCUCUCCUCGUAGUGGUGAUGGUGAUGGAGGUGGUGAUGGUGAAGAUGAGGCGGCGGGAUCACAGUAGUCGAGCCAUUCUCGUACAUCUCGUAGUCUGGCUCUAUACACCUGCAAACACAAAAGGAAUAUAUUGUUUUGAGAGUCGCCGAGGUUGUUGAGAAUGUGCGUAGAAGUGAAUGUGCUGAAGCUGUUUGGUGUCUUUUGGUUAUCGUUUGUUUUGUUGAGUAAAUGUAAAUUGUAUCAUAUGUUAUGAUGAAGAGAGAAAGAGUUCAAUUGCGAUGGCUCUUUUGUUUUCGAAAUUCAAGGGUAUCUAGAUAUGUGUCGUUUGAAAAUAAUUCGCUAAAAGGCGCAAAUGCAAAACGGAUACGAGUACAUAAUGAGUAUGUAUACGUAAUGUUAUUUAUUGAAGUGUAAAGUUGAAUAAGUAUCUGUUUCGCAUCUACAAUAUAAUAAUAUAUAAUGCGGUCUUAUUAAAAUAAGACGACAAUGUGCAAUGAUUGUAGAUUCUUUUGACUGAUGAUUAUACGUUUAACGUAUUUUUACAAUAGACACGUUUAUAUUCUAGAUACAUAUCUUGGUACGGAGCAUAUCCGGAUACUAUCUAAGUCUACGUGAGAUGAUAAAAAGGCUCUCUUAUAUUUCUUGGAGUAAAAAUGGUUUUAAAAGCGCGUAUUGUUACAGCAUUGCUAAUGUUGAUAUAAAAUUAUUACAAUUAUUUAUGUUAUUUUAUAUUUUAAGUUUACCCGAGAAGCGUUAAUUUGUAAGCGCACAAAAAAUGAGAACGAGGCGGCCGUUGUGCGGGUUGCCGGUAUACAAAAUGCAAAAUAAAAAGGGCUUCCUGCAAUUUGCCUUUAGCUUUAACACGACCUUAGUUUACAAUACUAGUUAAUGUGGUAGUAUUAAUUUGUAAAAAGUUGCCUAAGAUUAACGAAGAUCGAUAAAAGUGUUAAGGUUUUAGCAGCAUAACUUUUCGUUUAUAAGUUUUACUAAGAGUUUCGCAUAUCAUACAAGAAGCCACGCAACGGACAAUUAUUAUCGACUUAUUUAUAUUAGAAGUUAUCAUUGUUGUUUUUGAAUCAGUACAAAGCACGCAAGUACCCGGAUAAUAAUAAUAAUAAUAAUAUUUAAUGUUACGUUCUCAAAACACAAAGUAAUAGUCCACAUAUUAUGUUAUUGUGAAAUAAAAUGAAGAAAAAUAACUUUUGUAUUAAUUUUGUAUUAUAUCUACAAUAUAUACGUAUAAGAAACCUUGUUAAAUAUACAUACACACAGACCAAUGGAAUAAUCAAAGUUUUUCGUUCCGACGACAAAUAUAGCAUAAUAUUUCAAUAAAAACCCCAAGUAUAGUUUUU